GUCGCGCGCACGGCGCCUCGGCGGGUCGCAGUUUUACGUUUUGUUCCCCAACGACAGACUACGGCUUCUUUUAGGCAUUUAAACAAAAACAACAACAAAAAACUAACAUUUCUUUCCGACUUCAGCUACAGUGCUAGCUAAGUUUGGAAAGGAGAAAAGAGGAGAAACGCCGUGUUUUUGUUUUUUUUUUUGUUUUGUUUUUUGCAGACGUCGACCUCCAUUAUUAUUAUUCAAAGAGAGGACAGAGAAACGUUAAUAACCCGAUUCUUUUCUUUUCUGACUGACACACGACCUUAAAAUGGACAAUAAGAAGAAGACAUGUUGUGAAUCAUUUCAAGACUUCUUUUCUUCAGCUAAAUUCCUUAUUUACAUGGGACACGCUCUGUCAACAUGGGGUGACCGAAUGUGGAACUUUGCUGUGGCUGUUUUCCUGGUGGAGCUCUACGGGAACAGCCUGCUGCUGACGGCCGUGUACGGCUUGGUGGUAGCCGGAUCCGUGCUUGUGCUUGGGGCCAUUAUUGGAGACUGGGUGGACAGAAAUCCCAGGCUCAAAGUGGCCCGGACUUCACUGGUCGUCCAGAACACUUGUGUCAUCGUGUGUGGGAUCCUCCUCAUGGCUGUUUUCCACUUCAAGGAACAGCUUGUGGUACUUUACAGUGGUUGGAUUCUGACAACCUGCUACAUUCUGGUCAUCACCAUCGCCAACAUGGCCAAUUUAGCCAGCACUGCCAUGUCCAUCAGCAUCCAGAGGGACUGGGUGGUGGUGGUGGCCGGUCAGGACAGCAGCAAGUUGGCAGACAUGAACGCCACAGUGCGCAUCAUCGACCAGCUGACCAACAUCCUGGCCCCGAUGCUGGUGGGGCAGAUCAUGGCUUUUGGGUCACACUUUAUUGGCUGUGGCUUCAUCUCCGGCUGGAACCUGUGUUCCAUGUGUGUGGAGUACAUGCUGCUGUGGAAGGUCUACCAGAAGACGCCGGCGCUGGCCAUUAAAGCCGGACAAAAGGAGCCGCCACAGGAGCUCAAACAGCUCAGCCCCUCACAAGAUCUGGAGAAUGGUCGGAGCCCUGAGGAGUCGUCUCAGCCUCUGAUGAAUGAAGCUGCUGUGGUGGCCGAGCCAGACUCCCAGAAACAACGCGGCUGCUGCUAUCAGAUGACCGAACCUGUGCGCACCUUGACGGCUGGCUGGGUGGCCUACUACAACCAGAGCAUCUUCUUCGCUGGCAUGUCCUUGGCCUUCCUCUACAUGACGGUGCUGGGCUUCGACUGCAUCACUACGGGCUACGCCUACAUGCAGGGUCUGAAUGGCUCGGUGCUCAGCCUGCUGAUGGGGGCCUCUGCUAUCUCCGGCAUCUGCGGCACCGUCGCCUUCACGUGGAUUCGCAAGAAGUGUGGUCUGAUUCGCACUGGGUUCAUCUCGGGCGUAGCCCAGCUCUCCUGCCUCAUGAUGUGUGUGAUCUCCGUCUUCGCUCCUGGCAGCCCCUUCGAUCUCAGCGUCUCGCCCUUCCAGGACCUUUACUCACACAUCGUGGGCGAGAAGACGCUGCCCGAGGCUGAAGACAGUCUGACCGCAGGUUUUGCGAGUCAAGUCCUGGCUGUGAACGCCACCACCGUUGCACCAACUGAAGAUCUCCCGGUUCUGCAGUCCUACGUGUCUGUUGGUCUGCUGUUUGCUGGCGUCAUCGCUGCAAGAGUCGGCCUCUGGUCUUUUGACCUGACAGUCACACAGCUCAUCCAGGAGAACGUGAUCGAGUCAGAGCGUGGCGUCAUCAGCGGCGUCCAGAACUCCAUGAAUUAUCUCCUGGACCUGCUCCACUUCAUGAUGGUGAUUCUGGCUCCUAACCAGGAGGCUUUUGGCCUCCUGGUCAUCAUCUCCGUCUCCUUUGUGACCAUGGGCCACCUCAUGUACUUCCGGUUUGCUUUUAAGAGUCUGGGCAGUCGUCUGUUUCUCUGCUGCUCGCCGGAGCAGAAGGUGGAGACGGUCGACAGCCCCUCACUUCCUACCACUGUGUAAACGUAUUAAAGAGACUGUGUUUCCAAAGCCCAUACAUAACCCUACCUCUUAGCUAACCUACAUGCUUGUAGCUGCUAGAAUAGUGAAGCUUAUAUACGUAUGCAGUAUAUGGAUAUAGAACGGCAGCGUGUGAAUAAUAGCAUUAAUGUAGCAUGAGCGAGUAGAAAUUGUUCCGUCAUAGCAAAGUAAUUCUUUGUAAAACGCGCUAGUUUCUUUGACACUUUCAGCCCGAGAGUCAGGUUUAGGCUCUUAUACACGUACUGUCCAUCACCUCUUGGCUCGUGAUGCCCAGUCUGGGCCGUGCUAAAGAAUCAGGGUGAUUGUGCGCUAUGAAAAAAUACUGUUGUCUACUAGUGCACAAGGUGCUUCAGCUAACAACAAGGCAACAUGAGAGAGAAAUCCACACGACGUGGCUCAAAUACACCAGGAAAACCUAUACGGUUUCCAAAACGAAGGCUUAUGGCAAGAUGCUUCAACAUUUAUGGCACAAGCACAGAUAUCCAAGAUAACGUUAUGCUAUCUGGGAAGACAUUCUGACAAAAUCCAACAGGGCGCUGUUCUGCUACGCCCACAAGCCAAAAGAGUGCAAAACUAGGGAUGAAACUGCUUAAUCCCACCCGGUACUAGCAGCUGUGGGUUUACCCCGUCUUACCUUUGAGCCCUCGGCCAGACAUGAUGGAGCUCUUCAACUUUGAACAAAAACCACAAUAAACGUUCAUGAGGGCUGCUUCGCCUGCAUAUUUUGACCUCGAUGGAGUGCGAUCAAGCACGUUUCAAGCUGUACUCUCUAAGAAUACCCCGUUUAAAGAAGCUCGUGCGUGAUUGAAGCCUAUGAAUACCCCAUAGUUACCGUGUACUAUCAACGACUUCAAGAAUCAGGAUGCAACGGUUGAACAUUUAAAAAAUUUGAUCUCAGUUUCAAAUCUGGUGCUGAUGAUGGCCGUAACUACUACAAAUACCAAGUUUGUUCAAGAUUGAAAAACAUGGAUCAAGACGUGACGAUGAUGCUUCUAAACAUGUCCCGAUUUGUUAUUCAGGAUUAAACGGGAAGGAGUGGCGUUCUGUGGAAUAACCCCAUAAAAUGCCAUAUGAAAAGCUGAAAAAUGGCUAACAUUUAAAAAUUAAGUAAUAAGUAAAAGGAAAACACUUUUUACGAAGCGUUGUUUUUGUAGUCGAUGUGCAGUUCAAAAUCUGAUGUAUUUAAUCAGGAUUUUCCAGUUGUUUUUGUAGUUGUGAGAUAUUUGUUUCACUGUGUAGCAGACAGCACACCUACAGGUUUUUGUUUUUUUAUAUAAAAAUAUCUACAAGUCAAUUCUGAGGAUCCAAAACAUGGCAACGUGGUCAGGACGCAGAGUAACACAUCAAAUGGUUGAAUAUUUUGCCACCGUCAACGCGAUAUUUUAUGGUCUGAAAUCUCACACGAUUAACCAAUCAGAUUUGUGGAACAAAUGUAAUUGGAUUAGAAUGUUGAAUGGUCAACAUGGCUGAAACAGUUGUUGGGUUCGAAGCCACUCGUGCCCCUCUCUCCUCGUACAUCUGGAGUUGUGUCAGGAAGGACAUCCGGUGCAAAUCUUGAGCCAAAUCAACAUGUUCAGAUGCAUGCAGGGUUGGCUGUGGCGAUCCCGGGUGAAAAUAGCAAAAGUCCAGAGAAAUUCACCGAUCAUGAGCGUCGUCACGUUCACAGUGUUUCCUGAGUAUUUUACAUUCGGAUCCACAGACUGUGAUCAUCCAAAGUGAUUUGUGAUGUCAUGACCAACAUCAAAAGCAUCAUUUAGGAUAUGUGGGAGUCGGAUCACUGCAUCUAAUGUCAGAAUCUGGUGUAAAAAUAGAUUUUCAGAUUGUAAUGACGGAUCUCUUCAGUUAUAUCAUUCCGGCUCCGACCGUGUCAAAAUACAUUUGUAGAUCUCUAAAUAUAAUCUCUUAUUUAAUGUUGAAGCAGUUUGCCAUUAGAACUUUUUUGACAUUUGUUAGUGAUUUGUUUGGUGCUGCAGUCGUCUGUAUCUCUCUCUCUCUUUUUUUUUUUUGUCAGCGUCCGUAUAAACAAGCUGUAGAUGUCCUCCUCCCCAGAGGACCGGUGAUACUCUUAUUUAACCAAACAAUACUUGGAUCUAGUCUCUUUAAUACGUGGUUACAAGGGUUGUGCAAAAUACUGUAUUUAUUCAGGUAAGGGUGGUUGUUUUUGGGUUGUUGUUGGUUUUUUGAACAAAUGUAUCAUCAGUAUUGCAGUUACG